CAACUUCCUCGUCUUUCAAAACGGACCUCUAUACACUCUACAUCAUUGGUAACUUCAAGGUUGCAUUCUACAGCUCUCACCUCGAGAUCCGACACUUACGCAACAAGUAUCAGAUCUUCAUAUAGUGCUCCCUCUUGUUGUUCUGUAACAAGGAACAUUGAGACUUCUAAAAGCAAACUCAUUGGAUUACAAUCAAUUGGAAAAGUUUCGCGAGUUCCUAUUCCUCAAGUAGCCAAAAUGUCUACAAUGCCAGCAUCUCACGGGCAUAAUGAAGCUUGCUGCAAUAUUCCACCGGUUGUGUCUGAUGGUUAUGUUGCGAAGGGCUCGUAUCAGGAGCUUGGAAACUACAAGACCUACGUCACUGGCCCGACUGAUGCUGAAAAGGGUAUCAUAGUUAUAUAUGACAUCUUCGGCUACUUUGACCAGACGCUCCAAGGAGCCGAUAUCUUGGCCACGGGCAAGAAGUCGCAACAGCACCAGGUCUUCAUUCCUGACUGGUUCAAGGGAAAGCCGUGCCCAAUUGAAUGGUUCCCUCCGGAUACUGAGGAGAAACAGAAGAAUGUGGGUGAAUUCUUUAGUGAUGCUGAGCACGCACCACACACAGUUGCCGCUAAGCUGCCUGAAUAUUUCAAGGCGGUACAGGCUGCGAACCCCUCAAUUAAAUCGUGGGGUAUCUUGGGAUACUGCUGGGGAGGCAAAGUCGCAUCGCUAAUAACAUCGGGCGACUCGAGCCUUUUCCAGAUCGCCGCCGCCGCUCACCCGGCAAUGGUUGAUCCAGCUGAAGCUGAUGGGAUCAAGGUACCUUUCAUUCUACUCGCAUCGGGUGAAGAGCCAGUCGAGACCAUUAAAGAAUUUGAGAGUAAACUUAAGGUCCCUAAGCACGUCGAGACCUUUGAUGACCAGGUUCACGGUUUUAUGGCGGCGCGUGCUGACCUAUCCAACCCAAGGGUCAAGGAGGAAUACACGCGGGGCUACCAGCUGAUACUUGACUUCUUCGGCAAGAACUGGUCGUGACUACCAGAUAGAACCGGAUACCUAGGAAGGAUUAGGUAUUUAUGGGGAAAAGCUAUGAUUUAAAAAGAACAAGAUUGCAUCUGGGAAUCAUGUAAAUAAAUAUUGUUACAGCCCUAUUAAUUGUAAGACG